AUGGAGCCCCAAGAAGCUACUGGGAAAGAAAACAUGGGCACCAAGAAAAAGAACCUGACCUUCUUGAGGCACCGGCUCUAUAUGCUGGAGAGAAGGAAGACGGACACUGUGGUUGAGAGCAGUGUUUUGGGGGACCAGUCUGGUACCUUGAGGAGGAGCCAGUCUGACAGGACCGAAUACAACCAGAAACUACAAGAGAAGAUGACCCCGCAGGCCGAGGGCGCCGCGGCGGAGCCCCUGGCUCAGACAAUGAUGGCAAAGCGAGCCAAAAUCAUCGCGGAGCUGAUACAGACGGAAAGGGACUAUCUCAACCACCUAGAGCUGUGCAUCACCGAAGUGGUUCAGCCCCUGAGAAAUAAACAGAUUGAUCGGCUGGAUGUGGAUAGCUUGUUUAGCAAUAUUGAAUCCGUGCAUCAGAUAUCAGCCAAGCUGCUGUCUUUGUUGGAAGAGGCCACAGAGGACGUGGAACCGGCCAUGCAAGUAAUCGGAGAAGUAUUCUUGCAGAUGAAAGGGCCACUGGAAGAUAUUUAUAAAACCUACUGCUAUCACCACGACAAAGCGCACAGUGUACUGGAGUCCUAUGAAAAGGAGGAGGAGCUGAAGCAACAUUUGAGCCUCUGCAUCCAGUCCUUAAAGGAAAUAUACAUGCAAGAAGGCAAACCAAACUUAACAAGCAUGGGCUCCCUGAUGAUCAAACCGAUUCAGCGAGUGACGAAAUACCCGCUGCUGCUGUGCGAACUGCGCAAGGCGACCCCUGCCUCUCACCCCGACUUCCGAGCGCUGGAGGGCGCCUGUGCCGCAGUGAGGGACAUCAAUGUAAACAUCAAUGAAUUCAAAAGGCGGAAAGAUUUAGUUCUAAAAUACAAGAAGAAUGAUGAGGAUGAAUCACUUAGAGAGAAAUUGUCUAAACUAAACAUUCAUUCAAUUAGCAAGAAAUCGAAGAGAGUGACCAAUUAUCUAAAGAUUCUGACCAGAGGAGAAUCACAGGUGAAAGACACGACCUUUAAUAGAGAAGAAAAACUAUUUAGAUCUUUAGAAAAGACUGUGAGGCAUUGUGUGAAGAACGUUUCAUUCUGUCUUCAACACACACAGGAUGCCAUGCGCUUAGCUCUGCAGAGUGUGCUGGAGCUCCAGGAGAUUGCAUGCACCCAAGAUGAGGAAGACAGGGGCCAUUUGGAGGCCCCCAGUAAUGCCCCUAAUCCCUAUGAUGACUUUGCGGCGCAUUUACAGAAGCGCGUCCUGGCACCGCUGGCGGCCCUGCUGCCCCUGUUCCCAGGGCCUCAGAAGCUCAUCCAGAAACGCUACGACAAACUGCUGGACUACAACAGCUACCUGCAGCGAGCAGCGGGAGAUGCGUCGGACUUGGCCAGAAAGGAGUACGAGGCCCUCAAUGCCCAGCUGGUGGAAGAGCUCCAGGUGUUCAACCAGGCCGCGCGGAAGAUUCUGCUGAACAGCCUGGACAGUUUCAUCAGCCUCCUCCGGGACGUGACGCUGGUGGCACAGCAGCUUUAUUCCGCGGUGGUGCCGGUACCCCUGUUGGUUUCAAACAUCUCUGAAAUGCAGAAUAGAGUACUAGAAGAGGUUCAAAAUCUGAAUUUUGUAAAGGAUAACAGUGCUACAUUUAUUGAGAGGAAACUUAGUUUUGAAAAGAAGAAGCCUGUGCAAAUUCUGCCAGAAGUACCACAUCAAACUGACACUCACCGCUCCCAACUUCUGUCCACAUACAGCAUGGAGGAACUCUACCAAGCUAAGCGCAAGUGCAAUGCUACACAAGAAUAUGACAUCAGUCUUCUGGAAGGGGAAUUGGUGGCUGUAAUGGAACAGAGAGACCCAUUUGGCAGUACCAGCAGGUGGCUUGUUGAUACGGGCAUUAUCAAAGGAUAUGUGUAUUCUUCCUUCCUAAAACCCUACAAUCCAGCAAAAGUACCCAAGGCAGGUGCUGAGAACAGGUCCUUUGAUGAUGAUUUUGAUAACAUUGGCCUCUUCGUGUCGUCACGGCCAGCUAGGGACAGUGUCACGAGCACCCCAGAAAGUAGCAUAAGUGACAGCAGCUCAUCUGUUAGUGGCACAUGUGGAAAGUUUGAAACAACAGGCACUGGUGUUGACAGUUUUCCAGAGGUAGAUGAAGAGAUUUUCUAUGCAGUUCAUGCCUUUGAAGCACGGAGUAACCAUGAACUUAGCCUUCAGGAAUACCAAAGAGUCCACAUACUUAGAUUUUGUGACCUAAGUGGCAAUAAAGAGUGGUGGUUAGCCGAAGCUCAAGGGCAAAAAGGAUAUGUGCCAGCUAACUACCUGGGGAAGAUGAGUUAUGCUUAA